AUGAUCCGGGUUUUCGAUAUUUCAGAGGAAAGUGUGAAGGGAGAUGACGAACGGGAAUCCUCGCAAGAGGAAAAGAACGAGGAUGAAGACGGAGGGAAAGGUCUGAAGGAGACGAAACGAGUCAGAACGGCGUUCACCUCCACGCAAUUGCUACAGCUGGAGCGAGAAUUCGCGACGAAUCGGUAUCUGUCGCGGCUGCGGCGGAUCGAGAUUGCCAACGGGCUCCGUCUCUCCGAGAAACAGGUCAAGAUCUGGUUCCAAAACCGACGGGUCAAGUUCAAGAAGGAAGAACAUUCGGGAAGCAACGAAUUCCAACCUUGUCCGCACUGCACCUGCAAGUCCAAAUGCGACGACAAAGAAAAACAUUCCUAA